UCAGGCUUGGUGUAGAAGGGCUCUCCAGGGGUCCAGUCCCCGAGUUGCCGUAUAGCUCCCAUUCAGUACCGGCGCUCUAACCAUAUCGCUGUUUAAUAUAUGCACUGUAACGAUACAUAGGACAUACGUCAUUCGGGUUGCUGCACCAUAAGUGCCCUCCAGGAGAGUGUGAGUACCCACGAGAGUCUUUGCCAGGCUUCCUGACCUGGGAUAGGAGCACUUAUAGCCAACUAGGAUUUGUUUAUUUAUUUUUAAUAAUAAUAAGUAAACUACAAAGUUAAUUACGUAAUGUCAAUAUGAUAUAAGCCAUCUAAUACAAAGGAAUUAUAUCGCAUCAAUAACAGGGUUUGAUUACACUAUAUGAUAUAUUCUAGAGUAUAUGCAGUACAAUUAAAUAUUACAUAUACACGAAAAGCGGUCCCCUGUAGACCAAUUACAUUUUUUAAGUAUGUAUCUCUUUAAGACCUCUUACAAUGUAAUGUAUUCAGUCUAGCGUUGUGCUAAGCAAGAGAGAGGGCGAGGGAAAGGGAGAGAGAGAAAACGUUUUUUUUCUAUUGCAGUGGAGGGGAAAAAAGGCUACAAACGACCACUGCGAUUUUUUUAAUUGGCUGUAAACUAGAAUUGAAUUCGAUCGGUUUUGGGUUUGUGGAUCGCCGACUGAGGCAAAUUAUCUGCGGUUUAAUUACAGAAUAAAAGGCUGGUUCAGACAAUGUCCAGAGAAAAACACGGUUUGGGAGAGGGGUAUUGUCAGAUGUCCCCUCCCCCCUACAUGCCCUGCCAGGACGUCCCCACCUCUAACGGGGUCCAGUCUCAGCCUCACUACCCUGCCCAAGAGGGCUAUGCACAGGGGGACUGCCCCCCUCCCCAGGGCUCUCAGAGGUACACCGUGCAGACCCAGGGGGGGUCGGGGGGGGACGGGCCCCCAGCAGGCUACGUUCAGCCCGGGUACCCCCUGCAGCUCCAGCCCUGCACAGCCUACCUGCCUGUCUACCCCAUCGGGGGAGCUGGGCAGCCCUACCUCCCUGGCAGUGGCCCCCAGCCCCCUGGCAUGGCGCAGGGGCAGGUGCCGAUGCAGUUCCCCCCGGGGAUUGCUCUGAUGGAAUCUCGGCGCCCACCUCACGAUUACCUGCCCAUCGCCGUGCUCACCACAGUGUGCUGCUUCUGGCCCACCGGCAUCAUCGCCAUCAUCAAAGCAGUGCAGGUGCGGUCAGCGGUUGCCCGCGGCGACAUGGUCUCUGCGGAGAUCGCUUCUCGGGAGGCGCGGAACUUCUCGUUCAUCAGCCUGGCAGUGGGCAUCUCCUCCAUGGUGCUGUGCACCAUCCUCAUCGUGGUGGUCAUCAUAGCCUCCCGGCACGACGAGUGGGAGCCCUAGCCACAGAGCAGCUGCAGCGAUCCCAGUCCCCCCCUCCACCCCCUCCCGCUGACCUUCGGAAACUGCACCCCAUCCCUGGCAUCUCGGCUUACGCUUCUCCACAAGCUGGAACAGGAUCCUGACUCUGUGUCCUCACCUGGUUAGGCAGCUUCGUGCUCCAUUGCCCCACAGGCUAGAAUAGGAUACUGAUGGCUGUUUGGAAGCCAGUUUCCUAAUCUCCAUGAUGUCCUGGUCUAGUCCUGCCACAGCAAGCCUACCCUCGCUCUCCCGGAUGUUUCCGCUGCUCCCUCCUCCCUCUUAUCCUUAGGAAACUGCACUCUCUGUUGACCAUCUUGGAUCUUGCGUCUCCAUAGGCUAGAACAGGAAUUUGAGUCCACGCUUUGAGUCGUGAUGGAGUCAGUUUCCUAAUCGCGAUGAGAGAAUCAGAAAAUAUAACAUCUUCAACUUUUCUUCAACCUUGCCUACAACCUCACAGCUUCCUCCUUUUGUCGUUGACUGGACUGCAGUAUCCAGAAUCCUCCGGCUGAUUCUUUUGCUUGGCGUAAUCCUGCAUCACACAAGCAGUCUUUCCUUCGUAGGGUUGUUUCCCAAACAUUCAGAUCAUUAGGGUGCAGCAUGAACGGUGAAGGGUGCCGGUUAGAGAGUAAGGAAUGAGGAGGGCAUGGUUCAGAUGUAGGGUGUAGGGCAGGGGUGUCAAACGCAGUUCCUGGAGGGCCGCAGUGUCUUGUGGCUUUUGUUCCACCGAAGCUCUCAAUUACUUAAUUGGUCUAAUUAUUGAUUAAUUGGACACAUUUAACACUUCUCUCCAGGCCUCAUAAUGUUUUAUAGGUAGUGUGCCUUGAAUCAAAGUGGAUUUGAGUCAUCAACUGUAAAAGACCUUGAAAAAAUAUUAAACAUGUCCAAUUGAACAAAUAAUGGAUCAAUUAAGUUAAUUGAGAGCUAAGUUGGAAUGAAAACUAGAAGACCCUGUGGCCCUCGAGGACUGGAAUGUGACACCCCUGGUGUUGGGUGUUGUGUUAGGGUGCAGGAUCGAGGAUGAAGGGUGAAGAUUAGGUGCAGGCUGUAUGAAACUCAUCCCCUUUUCUUAAUGCCUCUCCUGUUUUAUACUACGCUUAUAGAAAUGAUAUAUAUAUAUAUAUAUA